AUGGCAAUUCAGCAGCGUAAUACAAGUCAAGCUAUCAACUCUGAUAUUCAAAAGCAAAAGGAUGAUCAAGGUCGAGAUACAGACAGAUUAUUACCCAGUCCACCUGAAAAACUUAUAUUAAGCUGGCAUGAGAUUCCCGCCUGGAUGCAGGACAAUGUCUACAUUACCGGUGGUUAUAGACGUCAAACCAACAACUACUGGGAUUGCGUAAAAAGUUUGGGCUAUCUGCAUAACGAGAGCGUGAAUAUCUGGAGCCAUUUAUUGACAUUUAUACUGUUUGUUGGUUUUGGAAUUCAUUUUCUGUGGUCACAGCCCUUUCAAGAGACUUUAACUACGUUCGAUAUCACCUAUUUCUUCUUGUUCAUUGUAGGCGCAUUGUUGUGUUUGGGUUUCAGUGCUAGUUUUCACUGUUUUUCAUGCCACUCUGAAAAAGUAGCUGCUACAUGGAAUCGAUGUGAUUAUGCCGGUAUCACUUGUCUUAUUGUUGGCUCCUUUUUCCCUGUCAUCUACUAUGGAUUUCAUUGCCAUCACAUUUUACAAGUUGUUUAUUUGUCAAUCAUUGUUUCAUUGGGAUCUGUCACUGCUGCUGUCACAUUGAUGAAGCACUUCCGAACACCUGCUUAUAGAUGGAUUCGUGCCUCACUCUUCAUGGCAUUGGGCUUGUUUGGCUUGAUUCCUACCUUCCAUGGUAUUUGGAUCUAUGGUUUGAACAAUGCUACUAAAACCAUUGCUCUGGGUCAUAUGGCACUCAUGGCCACUACAUACAUUGCUGGUGCCUUGAUCUAUGGCUGUCGAUUCCCUGAGCGUGUCAUGCCUGGUAAAUUCAACAUUUUUGGCGCUUCACAUCAAAUCUUCCAUAUCUGUGUGACAAUUGCAGUGUUAGCUCAUUACUUUGGCGUAAUGAGCGCAAUGGCAUUUUGGCAUGACGUCUCCAAUGAGGAAUUUUGUCAAACUUUAUUCUUUUAA